UUAAUGGCACCACCAUCCCCAAAGGAAUUCAUAGAAGCAGCUCUUGUUGCCGCCACCACCCCUUAUGCUUUAUCCUACACAGACUCUAAACAGAAAUGGGUUAUAUUAAGACACCUCCUUUCGUUGCUUCAAGAAUUCCCUGGUUUCAAGCCCUCAACUGGUAGAUUCAUGCAUAACGAUGGCACCGAAGUUAACCUUCUACGAGCUACCGGCUGCGUCCAUGUCGCCAAUAGUACAACACCCACCAUUCCUCUCGUCAUUUGGCUCCAUGAAAACUACCCUCAAAAGGCACCUUUGGUCUUUGUUUCACUCCACCCCAUGACCCCAGUUCAUCGCCAUCAUCCUUUUGUGGAUAACACCACCGGUGCCACUUCCCCACCUUAUAUCCUUACCUGGAAAUACCCACCGUGCAACCUCUCUGAACUUUUGCGAAACCUCGUCCAACUUUUUAGCAUCGAUCAUCCUUUCUCGUACACGCUGACGACUCCGGCGUGUCUCACUCACCCUUGGCUCGUUUCUCCAAAGGAAGCUCUGGAUAGACUCGUGGGUAUGCUUCACUACGACAUGGUUGCUUUGCGGGCAAGCACGUCUGAUGAAAUAGAGAAGCUGUCGUUAUUGCAGGAAGAACUUAAGAGGCGUGAUCGUUUCAUCACCAGCAUGGUUGCCGAGUUGGGUGAGGAAAGGAUGAGGCUGGAAGAGAGAGUCAAGAAUUGGGCGGAAGAAACUGAUAGGGUGGAGAAUUGGUUGAGAGUUAAUGAUGGAAGGUCGAUAAUGGACUUAAAUGCAGGGGAUGUUGAAAUUGAGGAUGCAUUUGAAAUGGACGAAACGUCAAGAGCCAGACUAGAAUCCUCGGUUGCGGAUUUGGCUAUUGAAGAAGUAAUGUAUAAAUUGGACAAGGCACUUGAACAUGAAGCAGUAAGUUUCGAUUCAUAUAUUAAACAAGUGAGGAGCUUAGCCAGACAACAGUUCUUUCAUAGAUGUAAUGAAAUGGCCUCAACCUCAUCCCCCACCUCUGUAUAAACCUAAGGGACUAUAUUGAUGGAAUUUGCAGACUUUUUAAGUUCCAAGCAAUAA